AUGAGAUAAUAUUGGAAUAUUCAAGUUUUCAUUGUGUUGAUCUACGUGGAACAGAAUAUUGGACAUUGUGUUAUUGAAAAAUGUGAUACGAAUCAAAAAGAUAGUAUUUAAAACUCUUCAAAAAUGGACCAAGCUGUCAGCAUCGAUUCCAAUAAGAGGGGGAAUCUAGAAGACCUCUCUAAAGAUGAUCUUAUCAAAAAGUGUAUCCAUUUGUUAACUAUAGCCCAGAAAGCUAAGCAAGCUAAAAGCAUAUUACAAGAAGAAAAUGCUAAGCUGAAAGACGAUUUUGAAAGAAACUUAUCUGCCUCCCAAGAAAUGAUAGAAAAUCUUACCCAACAAAAAUUAUCCCUGACGAGCAAUGUUGAUGAAUUGAAAACCCAGAAUAAAUUCUACAUUGAGAAGAUUAAAGUGUCUGAAGAUGACUUGAGAGAAUGUCAGGAACUGCUAAACUCCUCUGAUAAUGAAAACAUUUCAUACCAGCGGCAAAUCAGCAGAUUAACAGAAGAGAAUGAACAACUCCUUAAUGAUUUGGAUGCCUUAGAAAAACAAAUAGAGAAAUUCAAAGAUAUUGGUGUACAGCAGCAAACCCAACUACUAGAGCUUGAGAAAAACAAAACACAAGAUGAUAGGAGGAACAUGGAUGAGUUGCAAGGAAUGUUGAGUGUUAGUUUAGAAGAAGUUAAGAGACUCAAAGUAGAUAACAAUAUGUUACUGGACAAGCUAGACAACCUUCAAACACAGCUGGCUGAAAAAGAUAUAAAUCUAGAAAUAAUUAGUGAAAAAUUAGUUUCCAAAAAUAAUUUAAUGAAGGAGAUGCAAGAGGAGAUUGAUAAUUUAAAAGUAACCAAUGAGUGUGAAGACAAUAUCAAGAGAUUAGAAGAAAACAAUAUGAAAAUGAAAGAAAAAGUGAAACUGUAUCAUUCCAAGAUAGUAAAAUUUGCUUCAAUUGCAAAGCAACUUCAAGAAGAUAAGGACACCAUUUUAGAUCUUUUCAGAGUCUAUAAUGAUCAAGUGAAUGAUUGGAAAGAUAAAUUGCAAGUUGGAGAAAGAUGUCUUGUUGGUUUUAUUUCUAAUAUGGAAUCAGAAAACCUACUUCUGAAACAACAAGUAAUGAAUAGUGACAGUGACCUGGGUAAAAAACUUAGUGAGUUGAAUUUGAACCAUGAAAAUGAAAUUAAAAUUAUCAGGGACCAGUAUGAAAAUGAAAAAUCCCAUAUUUUGAAAAAACUGAACAGUAAAGAGGAGAUUAUUGAAAAUAUGAUGAAGGAAAACCAAUUACUCAAGCAGAAUAUGAAUGAUUCCAAACAAGAUGAAAAUAUUUUUGAUGACAAGAUGAAAGAGGUUAAUGCUAGUAAUGAAGAUCUGAAAAAAAUGAAUGACAAGCUCAAAAAUGAAACAUUGUUGUUACAAGAUAAAGUACAAUGUAUGGAGAAACUCAAUUCUGAUUUAUCCACAAAUAUCAAUAAACUUGCUGAAACUAUUGAAGAACACAACAUUCUCAUUGACAGUUUAAGAUCUGAGAAUCAAGCAGUGAAAGAAAAUUGGGAAGAGUUGAAACUGUCAUGUAAACAACUGGAAACUGAAAAUAUUUUCUUGAAUACUCAGCUGAAAGAAUCCAUUCCAAGGAAAGAGUGUGAAGAAAUCCAAAUAAAAUUGAGAAAAACUGAAUUAGAUCUACAGCAGAAUCAAGAAUUUCUAGAAAGGUUGAAAAUUAACUACCAAAAUUUUAAAACUGAGAAGGAUAAGACACUCAAAGAACUAGAAAAUGAAAUAAGAAUACUACAGAAUGAAAAUACCAAUGUAAGAAAAUCAAAAGAUGAGCUAUUGAUGGAGCUGGAUUUGGUAAAUAGUGAAAAGAAAAACUUCAAAAUAACACUCAAAGAGAAAACUGAUGAAUUCUAUAAAAUACUAGAUGAAAAUCAAAACAAAUUAGUGGAAUAUGAAAAACUCAUCAAAGAACUUCAAAUGCAAAACAAAUCUUCAGAAAAAUUAGGAAGCCUAUCUAGUGAAGAAAUACAUAACUUAGCAGAGGAAAAUAAAUCCCUUAAUAAAGCAAAUGAAAUGCUGCUAGAAAAACUUGAUGAAUAUGAACAAUCUCACACAAAUCUUAAUCAUUCAUAUUGUCAAACUGAUGAGAUAUCCACUGAUGUAAAAAAUGUGGAAGAGCAGUUAGCUCAUCUCAAACAAGAAAAUACAGAACUACUUUCAGAAAUGAAUGAAAUGAAUCAAGCAAUUAAAGAAAGAGGAGGUAACAUUUCAAAACUUGAAGCACACUGUGAAGAAGUAAUGAAAAAACUGCAAAUCUAUGAGACACAGGCUAAUAAAAAUAUUGAUAACAUUACUGAAAAGGAAAAUACUAUUGAAAAACUGAGGAAAGAAUUAGAACAACUGAAAUCUGAAGAAAAUGUCACUGGUAAUAAUGAUAAUAAUAUAGAGACCCAAGAGAUAAUCUCAUUAAAAAAGGAGAUAGAGAUGCUCAAAGAAAGAAUCAAUUCUAAUUUUGACACUAGCUAUGCUGAUAAUGAUGCAAUGUCAACUUCAACUAUUUCACGUACUGAUGAAAGCAAUAGGCUUAAGGACUUAGAAGGCUCUUGGGAAGAAAGAUAUGGAAAACUAAGAAAUUUAGCUAUCAAACUCAAAGGAAAAAUCCGGGAGCUAACCCAAGCAGUUAAUAAACAAGAAACUGAAAAGGAAGAAUUGCAGAAAAAACUUGCACUGAGCCAUAAAACUAUUCAGAAUCUACAAAACCAAUCUGACAAGUUGGAAGAUGAACUAGAAUGCACAAGAAAAGAGAAUAAGCAAUAUCUAAGUAGAUUGAAUGUUGUAGCAAAUGAUAUAUCCAAGGACAAACUGUCAUUAGCUGAUAAAGAUGAAAUUAUAAAUGAUUUGAGGCAAGAAAUAGAAAACUUCAAAAAGGAGAAACAAGCUACAGAUAUCUGGAAGAAACAAGUUAGUGUUAAAGUCCAAACUCUGAGAAAAGAACUAGAAGCUAAUAACUUACUCAAAAAAGAUUUUGAAUCAAAGAUAUUGAAUCUCUCAAAUGACUUGGAUGCUAAAGAACAAGCAUUAAAAUCUGAAAUUGAGAGUCACAAGCAUACCAAAUCAUUAUUGGAACAAUCUAACAAUGAGUGUAAGAAACAUUCUGUCCUGAAUCUGGAAAUGCAGGACUAUGAGAGAAGUAAUAAAGAAACAUCAAAAAAGCUAGAUAAACAGCUGGAAGAAAUAACAAAACUCAAAGGUCAAGUAGAGUCACAUAAAACAACUAUAAAUGCUUUGAGAGAGCAGAAUAAAAUUGUAGAAGAAAGGUUAGCAGAAUCAGAAAAAAACACCACCUCUCUAACUUUUGAAAUAACAACACUGAAAAAGAAGAUUUUAACACUAGAAGAUGAAAUCUCCCAUAAAAUUGACAAAAUCCACAAUCUGACUCAGCUAUUAGAAACAUCUCGUUCUGAGACUGAAGAACUUUCAACUGAGUUAUCAAAAGUUAUUGCUGAACACCAAAAGGCUAACAACAAUUUGAAAAAUGAACGGGACCAGUUACGUUCUCAAGUGUUGGGACUCCAACAGAAUUUGAGAGAAGUACAAGAUAACCUCCAGCUGAAGACUGAUGAACUGAGAGUGAUUCAAAUGGAAUAUGAAGGAUACAAGGUGAGGGCUCAAAGUGUUCUGAGACAGAACCAGAACAGGGAUGUUGGUAUGGAGGAAAAACUGUCAGGAGAAGUUGCUCUAUAUAUUAGUCAAAAUGCUACAUUGACAGAUAAACUUAAUCAAAAUAUGGAGAAAUUGAAGUCUUUGGAAACAUCACAUGAGAAGCUUCUCAAGGAAAAUGAAAUUGAUAACAAGAAGUUGACAGAACUGGAAGGAGAAAUCCAUGAAUUGAAAAAUCAGUAUGCUGAAUUGUCUGCUAAACAUGAAAGAACUAUUGCAGUUAAUGCAGAAACUGUCAGGAGUUUGAAGGUCCACGCCGACACCCUCUCCCAAUGCUACCGCCAGCAGAUCUCCGAGCAGGAAGUCCGCCACAACCGCGAGAUCGUCGAGCUGCAGAGCCGGCUGGAGAAGCCCCCGACGCCCACAGAGGCCCACCCCGCGCUGCCCACCGCCGCCCGCGAGGAGGGCGAGGGCUCAGAAAGCGUCGAGUCGGCCCUGGUCGUCGGCAGUGGACAUCCUGUGCCUUUGGAGCGGCUGCUCGGCUCCGAGUCCGAGCAGGAGAUCGGGCGGAUGGAGAAGCGGCUAGCCGAGCAGGAGGCCAAGGUGGUACAUCUGACGGCGCUGUUGUCGGAUACGGAGCAGGAUCUGUUGAAGCAUGUACAGAUGAACAAACUGCUCAAAGAGGAGAUCAGAAGGCAGCAAAGGUCGGAGGAGAGGGAGAAACACGCCGAGAACUUGGAAUAUCUCAAGAAUGUUGUCUUUAAGUUUGUUACCUUGAAUAGUGGAGAUGAACGAACUCGAUUAGUACCAGUAUUAAAUACUAUACUUAAAUUAAGCCCCGACGAGACGAAAAAGUUGAACCUCGUAGCAAAGGGUGACGGAAGCCUGAAAGGGUGGACUAACUACUUGCCCGGAUGGUCUUCACCAAGUAAACCAGAAUAAAAAUAGUUAUUCUGGGUAUGGGGCCUUCUUACUUACGCCAGUGUAAAUAUUUAAAUAUGUAUUAUUGAUAAUUUAUAAAAAUUUUAAUAAAUAAUAACUUAUAUG